CCAGCCAGAGCAACCCAGAGAGCCUCUGAUCACAGCACAGCCUUGGACUUAUUUCAAGGGAAAUUAACCCUGAAACCCCUCCUCGAGGCCGUGAUCCUGAGCGUAUGCCCCUGGAAAAGCUAGGGAUGAGCACCUCCCUGAACUACAAGUCCUUCUCCAAAGAGCAGCAAACCAUGGAUAACCUGGAGAAACAGCUGAUUUGCCCCAUCUGCUUGGAGAUGUUCACCAAGCCUGUGGUCAUCCUGCCCUGCCAGCACAACCUCUGCCGGAAAUGCGCCAGCGACAUUUUCCAGGCCUCCAACCCCUACCUGCCGACGAGGGGAGGCACAACCAUGGCGUCGGGAGGCCGCUUUCGCUGUCCCUCCUGCAGGCACGAAGUGGUCCUUGACCGGCACGGUGUCUACGGGCUGCAGAGGAACCUGCUGGUGGAGAACAUCAUCGACAUCUACAAGCAGGAGUCCACAAGACCUGAAAGGAAGUGUGACCAGCCAAUGUGCGAAGAGCAUGAAGAUGAGAGAAUUAAUAUCUACUGUUUGAACUGUGAAAUGCCCACCUGCUCCUUGUGCAAAGUUUUUGGUGCCCACAAAGACUGUCAAGUUGCUCCUCUCACAAACGUUUACCAGCGACAGAAGUCCGAGCUGAGUGAUGGCAUUGCAGUCCUGGUGGGGAGCAACGACAGAGUGCAAGGGAUAGUCACGCAGCUGGAGGAGACCUGCAAGACGGUUGAGGAAUGCUGCAGACGACAGAAAGAGCAGCUGUGUGAAAAAUUUGAUUAUCUCUAUUCUGUACUGGAAGAAAGAAAAAAUGAGAUGACACAAAUAAUCACUAGAACCCAAGAGGAGAAACUGGAACACGUCCGCUCCCUGAUGAAGAAGUAUGCGGAUCAUUUGGAAGCUGUGUCAAAGCUUGUUGAAUCAGGAAUCCAGUUCAUGGAAGAGCCAGAAAUGGCCGUGUUUUUGCAGAAUGCCAAAACAUUGCUACAAAAAAUUACUGAAGCAUCUAAAGGUUUUCAAAUGGAAAAAAUAGAGGAUGGGUAUGAAAAUAUGAACCAAUUCACAGUGAACCUCAGUAGAGAAGAAAAGAUAAUACGAGAAAUUGAUUUUGACAGAGAGGAGGAGGGAGAAGAGGAAGAGGAGGAGACAGUGGAUGGUGAAGAUUUGGAUGAAGUCCACACGGAGUCAUCAGGAGGGGAGGAGGAGGAAGAGGUGGAGGAGGAAGGGGCUGAGAGAGCAUCACAGCCACCUCAGCAGGACCCUGAAUCACAAAGCGCAGCGGGAGAGCCCCCAGCUGAACCCACUCCAGAGCCACUGCCCGCUGCCCCGGCUGGUCAGGAUGAUGUUGUGACACCAAGUGGUUCUCAACAGACCCCAGAGUCUGACACUCAAGUGCCGGCCACAGCAGAAACCAUCGAUCCCUUGUUUUACCCUAGCUGGUAUAAGGCUCAGUCUCGGCAAUCAAGCAGUCCGAGCUCAACCCCGGUGAGUGGGUUGGGGAAAGUAGGGCCUCCUGUUUCUCUGGAAACAAGUGCAAAGAAGGCAGAAGCCCCAGCAGUGGCAGCGAUCGAGGAGAGUGCACCGGGGAGUGGUAAGGAAAGUAAUACCACUGCAGCGACGUCCAAGACUGGUUCUGAACCAUCCCCUCAAGGACGAGUGGAGGAAACUCCCGUGAGCAAUGAGAGGGGUGACGAGCCGGCUCGUCAUAUCUUCUCCUUCUCCUGGUUGAACUCACUGAAUGAAUGA